UAUUUGAGGGACUACACCCAGAGUCUCCAUUCAGCUGGGACUCUACUGCUCAAACUCUCAUUAGAGAAGGGGGCGUGCGGGACAUCCAGAUACACAGUAACCGCGCGAAACUGUCAGUCCCGUCUUUUUAAGGCUAGUUUAGCUUGUGAGCGUUUGAAAGCCGAAGGCAAGUAUGUCGUCAUGGCAGAGCUACGUGGAUAACCUGAUGUCGGAUGGCUGCUGCCAGGACUGCGCCAUUGUUGGGUGCAACUCGGACUCUAAAUACGUGUGGGCAGCGCAGGAGGGGGGCACAUUCGUAAACAUCACGCCCACAGAAAUCGACGUCCUAGUAGGAAAAGACCGAGAAGGUUUUUUCACCAACGGCCUGACCUUAGGUUCAAAGAAGUGCUCAGUUAUCCGAGACAGCCUCCUAGUCGACAAUGAUUGGACAAUGGACAUCAGGACAAAGAGUCAAGGAGGAGAGGCCACGUACAACAUCACUGUCGGCAAAGCAGCCAAAGCAUUGGUUUUAGUCAUGGGCAAGGAAGGCACCCAUGGAGGGCUGCUCAACAAGAAAGCGUAUCUCAUGGCUGAAUACCUGAGGAAAUCUGGAUAUUAAGACACCUCCAAUCCUAGCUGCUCAUUCUGCUAACCCUUCUAGAUGGUUUCAUCUUCCAUUGGUUUUCAACUUUACUUCCAUUUGAGCUACCCAAACCCCAUUUCUUUCCCAUUAAUGUACAUUUAGUGAGUUCGGUCCCAUUUUGGCACUACGAUCCCAUGGCGCGCUUCAGACCAAAAGCUAGUGUGAAAACUUCGUCUUUUUUUUUUUUUGGGAGUUUGGUUGAUUAACCAAGGGCUUGAGCUCAACUCAUAUUCCCAUUCCUAGAUCCAAUCUGGGAACGGUCGACUGUAUGCAUAUCUACAAGCCUACCGAAUGAACCCUAGUUAGGGUAGACGACAUAUUUAGCGUUUUCGUCAAAUGAAAUAUGGCGUCUGCUCUAACAAAUGCCCGUUUUGUCAUUUUUCCUCAACCUGAAGUUUGUCUCCAUUGGCGCAUCAACACUAACUGUAAACGCGACACUACCGAUUGAUAUUUUUUCUCAAGUUGAAGCCUCGUUUAGUUGGCUUUACUGUGAUUUUUGAACUGCAGGUAGGAUUUUUCCCCCCCAUCAACCCCACAAUUGAAUGUUUAUUGACAUUCCGUCAUUGCACUUACUUUGCUAGCUUAUGUAAUAUAUCAUUAAUUUUCAAGACGACUGCCAUUUCAGACAGUGGGUAUCAGCGGUUUAGAGUUUCUUUUCAGUCGGACCAAUUUUUGUCACUGCUUGGGUUAUUUACGCACUACCAUAAAUGCUAACCAACAAAAAACUAGCGUCUGA